AUACUUUCCUCAGUAGUUAGGCUGGGUUGAAUUCCUUGGGGUUGUUUGGAUACCUUGUUAUUAUGAGCAAAAUUCCCAGAAAAGUCGUCGCCCUACAGAGCAAGAAGAAAAACAAACAAAUUAAGAAAAAUGCCCCGAAAGACAAAUCUAUUGGAAACAAAUGUAACGGUGCCGUAGAAGACCGACUUCAACCACAGGACGACUCCACGCCAAAAAAUGAACAGGAGCCAACAUAUUGUGAGUACUCACGAGAUGAGGAAGUUUUAGAGGAGGAAGAAAUUCUCGGCAGUGAUGAUGAUGAGCAAGAAGACCCUCGGGAUUACUGUAUAGGUGGAUAUCACCCAGUUAAGAUCGGGCAGGUAUACAAUUCUCGUUACCACGUCGUCCGUAAGCUUGGUUGGGGUCACUUUUCCACUGUGUGGUUAUGCUGGGAUUUAUGUUCAAAGCGUUUCGUUGCAAUGAAAGUAGUCAAGAGUGCUCCGCACUACACAGAAACAGCUCUUGAUGAAAUAAAGCUGCUAUCAUGCGUCCGCGAAUCUGCCCCAGAUGACCCGUUCCGGAAAAAAACAGUUCAGUUGCUAGAUGAUUUCAGAGUGUCUGGUGUAAAUGGGAACCAUGUUUGUAUGAUCUUUGAGGUUCUUGGCCAUAAUUUGUUGAAGCUAAUAAUCAGGUCUCAGUACCGAGGCAUUCCACUCGAAAAUGUUCGUUCUAUUAUUAAACAAACCCUUCAAGGACUUCAUUACUUGCACACAAAGUGUCACAUUAUUCAUACAGAUAUCAAACCGGAAAACAUUUUAGUUUGUAUUUCUGAUUCUCAAAUCCGUAGAAUGGCAGCGGAGGCCCUCGAUGCUCAAAGACGAGGUGUACAGUUGUCAGGUUCCGCAGUGAGCACUGCACCCAAAGAAAAACAAGAUAACACGAAGAUGACAAAAAGUCGUAAGCGCCGUCUAAAAAAGCAACAACGAAAACAACAAGCACUUUUAGAACAGGAACUUGAUGAAUUAGAGGAAUUGGAAUCACAGGAGCAUGAACGUCGUUUGUUGGAUAUGGGACUGAUUCCUGCUGUCAAUGAACAGAACCAUGAAAAGCCAGAACAAGUAGAUGAAAAGCCUAAAAGGGACUCAGAAGUAUCCCCAGAACAGUCAUACUCGAAUGAGGCUAAUACUACUCCCCCAACAGCAGACUCAUACAAUGCCAGUCCAAGCAAAGAUUGUCAUCCUACUACAAAUAACACUGUUGGUGCAGUGUUUAUGGAUACUGCGCGUGCUGUUGUCUCGGUGUUAGGCUACGCAACCUCCAUCCCAUUCAAGGCUUGCAGCAGUAUUUUGGAGGACAAGACAGCUCCCAUUAAUAACCCUCCUAAGAUAUCGUCUACUCAAAACGACGAGGAAAAUCUUUCAUGGUUAGGCAAUCAGAAUGAUGUCCCAGGUUUCAUCAGUUAUGGAGACCCCAAAAUUAAGAUUCCUAGCCCACUUCAACCUGGACAAAAGCGUACAGCUUCCAUUUCUGUCGACUUCACUCCAUCUGAGUCUUCAACUGUCUCCCAUGCAGAUGUUUGCAGUUCUCCGCCAUAUCGCUCAUUUGUCCACCUUGCUUUCUCUCCUCUGGCUGAUCGACUAGUCCGGAAGUUAUCCUGGCCAUUUAUCUUCAGGUCACCCGACGUCUCUACAAAGCCACCGUGUAAAAAUGACACAGAAGAGUCAAAAGAUCAUACUAAGCAUAAACAGAAUAAGGGUCCAACUGACUUAUCGGAAGAAAGUGAUCAAUUUAUACAAGAAGACAACGAAAGUGGAGUGGCUGUUCGUCGUCGAGUUAAAAAGCUUCCAGAUCAUUCUGGUGCUGCCGAUGAUAAGGCUGAUAUUCCACUGGCUCCUGUGACUGAACCACAGAAAACGUCAACUACUGGUGAUCGUAGGUCCGUAAUCAUUCAACCAGAUGGGCUUUUGGCAGCAGCUGCAGCAUCAGUGAUGUCUAGUACUUCUCAUUCUCCUCCGGAGUCCUCAGCAAAAGAUGAUCAAGGUCAGGUCAAAUCGAAUUUCACGAACCCGAGGUCAAACGGAACUGAAGGAAAUGAAAGGAAACUUAAUUCGGAGUCCAAAUCAAGUCUGACAGUAAACAGUACUGGUGAAGGUAGUUCCAAACGGUUAAGUUUGGUUACACCAUCUAAUAACAAUGCGGUUUCUGGUCAAAGUGCUUCAAACAAACGUCGAUCACUGCUUUUCGAAACUGUGAUACAUGAACCUGAUGCCAGUAAAGAGCCGUGUGAUAUUGAAGUGAAAAUCGCCGAUUUGGGUAAUGCAUGCUGGACUUACCGUCAUUUUACUGAGGAUAUUCAAACUAGACAGUAUCGAGCCUUGGAGGUUCUUAUUGGCUCCGAAUAUGGACCACCCGCUGAUAUUUGGAGUACGGCUUGUAUGGCUUUUGAAUUGGCUACCGGUGAUUAUCUUUUCGAACCUCAUUCUGGCGAAGAUUAUACACGAGAUGAGGACCAUCUAGCACAUAUCAUUGAAUUAUUAGGCCCCAUACCUAGAAAUAUUGCUCUUUCAGGAAAAUACUCCCGUGAGUAUUUCGAUAAACGAGCUUGUUUACGUCAUAUACAUCGCUUGAAACCUUGGAAUUUAUUUAAUGUCCUCACUGAGAAAUAUGAUUGGCCACCAAGCGAAGCGGCUCUUUUCACCAGUUUUCUGGAACCAAUGCUCGCGUAUGAUCCUAAUAAAAGAGCGUCCGCGUGGGAUUGUUUACAACAUUCCUGGAUAACUGGUCAACCGUAUUCUUCAUCAGUUGAGGAAGGCCUACCAAAUCAUAUCCCGUUUGGAGUGAAUAUACCAGAUCCAUUGAUGGGUGACGUUUUAUCUAAUCCUAGUACAUAUUACCAUCCACAUGUCAAUCAACCAAAUAUUGUAGAUCCCGCAAACACCGCUGGCUUGUGUUACAGUCAACACCCACACUUAAAAAAGCAAUACCCGACAGUUCAUUGCGUUGCUCCACAAUCUAGAAACAGUCGUUCUGUCAACUACAUACCACCUGAACUAUCUUUCAGUGGAAAUGUCAACCCAUCUGAAUAUCACUUAUCUUAUGGUUCCGAAAUGGUUGUGGGUGGGGAAAGUGUGCCGAAUCGUAGUAUGUGUGUACCAGAUUCUCACUUUCAACCGUGGUCCUCAAAACUCAUGGGCUCAAAACGACUAGAUGUUGUCAACAAUGUGGACGGCACAAUAAAUUUAGAUCCUAUUCAUGUUGGAAAUUUCAUACACAGUCUACCAGAUCUCAGUCCUGCUCCUAGCGAUGACGAUUAUGACGAAGAAGAUGACGAUGACGACGACGAGGAUGAUGAUGAGACCAAAGAAGGUGAAGAUGAGGAUGAAAGCGGAGAUGAUGAGGAUCCUCGGAUGCAUUCGUUACACCAUCAUCAUCGUCAGCACCAUCAUCAUUCGCACUAUUAUGGACAUCCAUCUAAUACAUCAUCUGUUUAUCAAUUUUUGGAUCCCCCUCAUAUAAUGCCAGUAGAAUCUUCUGAUCAUUCUCAUUAUGCUGACCCUUUAGCUAUGGCAGUAGCUGCUGGACUACCACCUAGUAAAGCUGCUAUACUAGCUUAUGCAGCACAAGCUCUUGGACCAGAUACUGUUUGGGCUGGUUUAGCUGCAGCAAAAAAACGUCAACAACAACAGCAAGCGCAACCAAUGAAUAAUACAGACGAGACAACUUCCGAUUCACUUACUAAUAAUGAUCAUGUAAUAUUAACUACCUCAACUAUAAAAACUGAUGAUGAUGGUACACCAUGUAACACUGAUUCGUUACAAGAACAAAAGAAAGAAAUAGAUAAUGAAUUACAUAACAGUGAACUUGAUGUAGAAGAUGUAUCUAAUUAUUUCUCAACUUCACUUGAAGUACGUUCUGCUACAAGUUCUACAACCGAAGAUAUAUCUAAUACCCCCGACUAUGUGAAUAAUAUAUCAGAUAUAAGGAAUUUUGAUUCUGAAUUACAACGUACAGUGAGUGAAAAUAUCACUCAUCAAUAUACUGAACCGACAGAAACACUUACAGAAGCUUAGUUUUCAAAUUCCAAUUUAUCUGAUCUCUAUCUCCUGUUUUGUGAGAACCACCUAUAGGCUUUCAUUUUAUUACUCUUAUCUUAAAGCAUAUUCACUACUAUCUCAUAAAACAAAACAAUGACGUUUGUAAUUUGGAUGUUCUUGUUAGAAAAAGAUUUUCAUCUUAUUUAAUGAUGUCUAUUAUUAUUAUUAUCAUCAUCAUAUUGAUAUCAAUAAAUUGAAAGCUUGAACGCAUUC